UGUUCUCGAUGCUUCGCCUGGCUUUUCGACUCCCUCGUCCCCGACUCCAUCUCUAUCCUGCCCUCGAUCACCUCGGCCUUGCAGACAACCGCGGCAGCCUCGAUCUCGGUCACCGAGGCACUGGUGACCACUGCCACCCAUUCGGGAUCCGCGGCGACCGCCAGUCUCACCGCUGACGCUUCCCGGCGUCGACGUGCCCCACAAACUGAUACCCUCGAAAGCACGAGUCACACAAACAACCACAACCACAACGAUCACUGGGGGCAACGGAGGACGGGUAGAAGGUCGAGUGACCCAGACGCCUCAAAUUGGCGGACGGCCGGCCGGUCGGGCCAGACUGUGCUAAUCGAAUUCAUUACGCAUCAUAUGCAACAAUGCCGUCAGGAGAUAUGCUCUGAGGCAAGGUUAGCACAUUUUGACCAGGUGAAGAUCAUCUUCAUUGUCUGUAUCAUUGCAAUUGUCUUAAAAGUCAAUUGA